AUGCUUCACUUGGCAGGUACUGUAGUUAUUCAAAUAGAGCCUUGCCAGCUGCCCCUGACGAAUGAAGAUCUGAUGUAUACGAGUCGCACCAAUAAGAUCCAGCUCGAUAGUAUGAAUCGCACCCAUAAGAUCCACGGGGCAGAUCCCAGUCCGGUGGACCCACCAUCAUCAGAAAACUUUACCACCCGUAGACCCCCGAACCCCGGCAAACCUCCGGUCCACCCUCGCUGCCGCCACCGAGCUGCCGCCGCUAGCUCGGCGUUCUCCUCCUUCACAUUCAAAGAACUUGCGCUGGCCUCGGCCAACACAACGGUGCUCGUCAUUAACGAUGACGAGCACCAACAAGUCGUCGUGGGGGCUGGCUCGGCAGCGCCAGCCACAGCUUUCCUUGGGGCAGACGAAGAAUGCCCCAGUCUUCUCCCGCCGGAGGACCCGGAAGCAGAACUUCUGCUUGACGGCCCAAUCAUCCAAGGCGAGGAUGAGGGCGUCGAUGUCGAGAUACUCGGUGCCACCGACCUGCACCUAGAGCUCCGCAAGAGGCCAUUUGGGUGGGAGGGGUGGGGUGGCAUCUUCGGAGAAGGCUUUCGGGCCACAAUGAGGGCGGGAAUAAUUUAA